CAUAGUAAAGAUCACAACAAACUGAAAAGUGAGGGUAGAGAGCUUGCAUCCGAUGAUCAAUAACGAUGUAUCGCAGGGCAAGGAAAGGGUGAACGUUCCAGUGGUGAAUGAACUCGACGAUGAAAAGCCUUCAGCAUUUGGGGUAAUGUGAUCCCAAUGUGAUAAAGGACAUUGAGUGCACAACGACGCCGUGUGAGAAAUGUUCAUUUUUAAACCCCAAAAUAUUGUGGCUAUAAUUUCAACUGAAAUAUUAAUUUUUACUUACUUUCAGAGGAUGGAUUUAGAAUAAGCUCAAUACCCAUCCUUUACUUGCGAGUACGGCCGCCUGUAUUUGCCGGGUAAUAUCCCAUGUGUCCAGUCCGAAACACACCUCCCUGGGAUUUUCCAUUCCCCGCCGGGUUUAGGCAUGGGAAAUUUCUUCGGGGAAAGUUAUGGGACCAACGGAUUAAUGGGGAGUUUCCAACUGUAGAAACACCUUUCGAGGCGUAGCCAGGAUUUUUGCAGAGAUAUGCACAGUUUUACUAAAUCCAUGUGGCUUUUACUUUACAGUACACCUUAGUUUGCAUUGCUGGGCCCAAUGUAAGUGAUUCAUUCAAUUCUCCAUUCUACCCUGGCUGUGAAUGUCAUCAAAUCACAUGUGUGGCAGACGCUUGCUCUUGCAUGCAAGCCUAUGGACCAUGUUAUGACAAUAGUGGAUGCCUUCUUAUUUAUAAUCAGCAGUUGAAUGGUGAGUUUUCACAGGGCUAACUUGAUUGCAUUUGAAAAAGUAGUCCACAACCGAACCUCUAGUUGGUGUUUUUUUUCCUUUACUAACUUUAAGUCUCUCUUUCUUUCUCUCUGGACAAGUUUGUGCCUGGCACUGUCUUAAGCUGCAUUCAAUUGGGAUGAUCCAGAUCAAGAUCAGUGAUCUGGGAUACCUCAAAUCAUAGUACAUAAGAGGAACCAAUAAAUACAACCUGGUAAAGGACUGGUAAAGGAUUAAUCAGUUCAAUUGAUGUACCAUGAUCCAAGUGACGAACUAUCCUGAUCUGGAUCAUCUUAAAAGAACAUACCCUAAGUGUUCAUCAUAGACUAGUCUCCGAGCAAGCUCUCUGGGAUGCUCUGGCGGUGGGGAGGGAACAGGAAAGAGAGCUUGCAACUACAUCUCUGGAAUUUGAAUUCCACCUCCAGUUCGCCUGUGGAUACCCGUCAACUGAGCUGUCAGAUUUCUGCCAAUCAGUGUGAAUCGGAAACGAGUGCAUAUGUAAACAAACAUUAAAAAAAAAAAACGUGCCAAGGGUAAUGAGGUCAUUACUAAUGUCAUCUUCUCCGAUCAGCAUUUGGCAUCGACUUUUUCACUGCAAAUAUUCAAAUUCCAGAAACGUAGUUGCAAGCUCUCCUUCUUUUUUCCUGCCCCUCUGCCAGAGUGUCCCAGAGAGCUUGCUCGCUGGCUAGUUUAAUAAGAACUGCAGGGACCAAUGUCUAGGUGUCCUUUUUGAGCAAUUGUUGUCAUGGUGUCUGGGCACUUUGGGGAACUGUAUGCUGUCUUUAAGAGGUUUCCAUAAGAGAAGAGUCGACUGUAUCAACAUGUUUUACUCUAUAGCUACAAUUAGUAUGCAUGCUCUGAUUGGCUGUUUUCUUGUAAUGACUAGGUAUUAUUUUCUUGUAAUGAGCAAGCAUGUGUCAAAGACAUAUACGAGCUGUGUUUAACUUGAUAUUGGACAUCCAUAUGGACUUCAAUGUUAUGGUCAAUUGACAGCUGCCAAAAAGGGUAUCUGCUAACCAGUGUCACCUGGCUGUAUUGUGGGCUGUAGUGUACAACUCUUUGAGGUGACAUGUUUUUUUAAACUUAUCCACUGACCAGUUGUUGGUUUUAUUAUUGAUCACAGGCUCAGGUCCAUAAUGAAAAGGCCAUAUAUUAAAUAACUUAUUAGCCUUGUCUAUUCGUUCAUUACAGGGAAAUCUCAGACCUUGGCCAUGAUGUAUUGACCCCGCUAUCACUUGGUCAAUACAUCAAGGUCUUGGUCUGAGAUUUCACUGUAAUGAUCGAACAGACGAGGUUAAUAAGUAGUAUAUAUAUGCUGUUUUUUUUUCUCCAGAUUACUGUCAACCAGUGUUUGAAUGCAACAGUUGCUGCGCUUGCCCAGAGACUUGUCCGAACAGAGUUGUUCAGAAAGGAUUGCAGUUAAAGCUCCAAGUUUUCAAGACAAAACAUAAAGGAUGGGGCUUAAAAACUCAGCAGACCAUAAGAAAAUUCACUUUUGUGUGUGAAUAUGCUGGAGAACUUAUUUCAGUGCAAGAAGCUGAAAAACGUGCGCAGAAAUUAACACAUGAGACAGGAAACUACCUCAUAGUUCUUAGAGAACAUUCUUCUGAAAACCACAUCUUAAGAACACAUGUAGAUGCCCAUUUUCAUGGUAAUGCAUCAAGAUUCAUAAAUCACUCCUGUAACCCUAAUCUUGUCAUGGUGCCAGUCAGAGUGGAUUCUAUUGUGCCCAGACUGGCUCUCUUUGCCACUAGGGACAUUGAUGUUGGGGAGGAGCUGUCAUUUGAUUAUUCAGGAGAAUUCAGGGUUCUGUCAGCAAGGGAACAAAGAGGGGAAUGCAAAUGGCAAGAUAGUUUAAGAGAGCUUGGAAAGGAACCAAAGAGCUGCUUCUGUGGUUCACUGAAUUGCAUGGGUGUCCUUCCUUUUGAUGCAUCAUUGUAUAUGCAGUAGCUUGGAAUCUCGUUAAAAGCUUUAAUUACUUAGUGGUGGAUUCUAAUCUUGGAUCAAUUUUCGGUUUCUGGGAAACUGCCAACC